CUUAGAUCACUCAUUCUUUGUUCUUUCUGGAAUUAGGCGGCAUCUGGUCGAGCUACUCCAGGUCGAGAUCUAUAUUCAGGCACUUGCUACUAACUUUCUACCAAUAAUUUUGGCCUUGCACACCGACCAAGUUCUUGUUCAGGGGAAUGUUUGAUCUUGCCAGGAUCUCGCACAUCUCCACCGCUUUUGACCAGGGUUCUGAUCCGUCUUCCGAUGGUCACACCACACAUACUACCCAGUUCCACGUGUUUGGUUAUGGGAAGACCAAAAUUCUGAUCCGCGACACCACUUGAAAUUUUCCCCAAGUCCAACUCGGAAUGACUGAUGGCAUUCCACCCCAGCCGGGCCCUUGUUUGGCCAUGACUAUAAGAUUCCAAUGUUGCGGCGCCCCGGAGCUCUUUGGCCGAGAUUUUAAGAGCUCCCCAAGGCCACCUCGUCUGCUGGCACGCUGUCACACCUGGUGACCUUUAACCAUCUCCCACAACCUCACAUCACACAUCACCAUGGCAGCAUUACCCAAGUCUAUGGAGCACGUGAGUCGGCGGGAACUAUACACCUCCUUGCCUGCCAGAGUCCAGUAUUUACAACAAUUCCUCGAGUUUGGUGCAGGUAUGAUACCCAUAAGGACAGCCAAUGGACCGCUGCUGAUACCAUUGGCGCCGUAAUAGAUGAUGUGGUGGCAUUGAUCGAUGGGCAGAAAUACAUCAAAGCAAUCAUCCCUGCUCUUGUGAACAUGGUCUACAAGAAGCUCUUGAGACAUGAUAUCACCGCCAGGGUUUUUAGCACGCGAGAUAGCAGAAAUGAACAAGACCCAGAUCAAUGGAUCAAGGAGGAUGAUGCCCAGAUCCGCCAUCGCAAGAUGUUCUUGAGGUGGUAUCUCACCAAGCUGAACUCUGACCCCAGCAAGAUGGAGUACUGGCAAUAUCUAGACAAGGUUGGACUCAUGCAUGUGGGCAAAGGGCGGAAGAACCCUCUCCAUGUCGAUUAUCUCUUCUUGGGAGUCUGCCUCGGCUACAUCCAGGAUGCCAUGACUGAAGCCAUCCUGUCACACCCGAGACUUGAGCUUGAGCAAAAGAUUGCCAUUGUCAAGGCUGUGGGCAAGGUGAUCUGGAUUCAAAACGAUUUAAUGGCAAAAUGGCACAUCGAGGAUGGGCGAGAGUUCCUAGACGAGAUCGAUAACGAGGAAAUGGAACUGGAAGCACAGCAGCCCGAGGGAUACCUCAAUGGGCACAGGGUAUUGGGGCGAAACGGGAAUGAUGACGACAGCUCGGCAGGGGACCGUCCCUCCUCAAGAUCAUCUAAAGGAUCUAAUACCAGCGUCACCAGUCUGGGAAGGACGCCGGAGCAAGUGCAACAAGGCGUCGAAGCGAGCCGCUGCCCUUUCAGUGGUUUAGCAGCAGGGCAGCCAGAUAUGGACAUCCAGCGAGCAACCACAUGGAGACCACGGCGUAACGAGCCUGAGGUGCCCCUCCCACCCUCAGGUAUCCCUCGUCUUCACAUUGUCGAUGGACGGACAGUGUGCAAAGAAAAUCUGGGGCCCAAUCCGUUUCACUAGCAGAACAUGGAUUCUUGCAGGACUUUUGUUGUGGCUCAUUUCCAGCAUGAAUACACACGAGUCUCUCAGUGGUUAGAUAUCUGCUACCAACAAAACAGAUUAAUUUUGAUACCAAGUGGAUGAAUGUUGCUGCGAAGAACGGAUAUCCAUGGAGAGCCUCCUUCGUAUCUGACUCUCUUGAUUCGAAGUAGCAUAUUACAAUCGAUAAGCAGUUCUUCACCCUAGCUAAAUAUUUGUGUCUGACUACAAAGAGCCUCAAGUAUC